AUGGUUCCCUCGAGAUUUCCUGCUAGGUUCCAGAAGCCCCUCUCCGUUGCAACGGGAAUACCUGCAGCUGGCACCGGUUUGAGAUCGUCUUUUUUACCAUCAAUAGGCCCGAACGCAUCUUCAGCCACAUGUCCAACAUGUGGCGGAGCAGGUGCCCCUGGCUCCACCACCAAUGUGGAUGCAGCACCAACCUUUGCACCCUCAGAGAUGCUCUCUGCCCAGCUUACAACGGUGCUUUCCGAUGGGCUUCCAUCUGCGCCCAUGGCCUCGUCCAUAUAUAAUAUCGAGCUUGAUUCCAUUGAGGACAAGCCUUGGAGACAGCCUGGGUCGGAUAUUACCGACUAUUUCAACUAUGGGUUUGACGAACAAACCUGGAGGCUCUAUUGUCUGCGGCAAAAGUCGCAACGCGAAGAGGCACACCAAUCGCGGCGUAUUGGCGUAUCAUGUAGACCGAAAUUGUCGGCCUCUCAUAGGAUACCUGCGCCGAGCACAAUCAGCCCCCCAUCUGCGGAGUAUUACUUUGGAGAGGAGAGCAAAAGCCCACAGUCAACCAGGAGGCAUCGAUCGCGAUCGCGGUCACGAGGUGACUCUAGAAAGACAGAGCGCAGGUCUGAAACCCGCCGCUCAGACCACGAAUCAAAGGAUCGUCCAGACCACAGGGCUGGUGACAAGGCCAGCUCCGCAUCGUCGUCAUAUUCGCGCUCAAACUUUUCACGCACAUUUUCGUCGUCAUCUUCCUCCAACAGCAGUCGAAAGCCGUCGUCUUCUUAUCGCAGUUGA